AUGGCCCGGCACAGGGAUGCCUUGAGGUCAACAGUCCAUCCUGCUUCGAGGAAAAUGAACCCCAAACUGGCGCAGUUCCUCAACAAGGGCAUGGAAUUCUGGGGGUCUGGCAGCUCUGACCAUCUUCCUGGCCCUGCGACCCCUGCCUGCUCUGAUGACACCCUUCAGGGACCACAGGCAUAUGGCUCUGAGGCCCGGCCCACUGGCCUCUUCCACCCCCACUCACGCUGGUUCCAGCCUCUCUCAGCUGCUUUGGGAUUGGACCAUGGGGUCAUCACGGCCACUCUGCACUAUAUGGCGGUGCAGGACUGUGAGUGGCUGAGGUUUGCCAGGCGGGGACAGUGGGCUGACGAGGACACGGGCAAGAUGACGGGCAAUGGGAGUCACAUUGGGUGGGGCCCCGGGGUGCAGCGGAAGCCUCGGGAGCUCGCUGGAGCGAAACCCGGCCCCUCUCCGCCCCGGCGUAGGAGCCGGGAGCUCCCGGACCAGCUGCGACCGGGGCCGCAUCUGCCGCUGACCCGCGCGAGCCGCCGUCGCUGUCAGCACCCGGGGGGCGGUGCCCAGGCCCCGUGGAGUGGGGAAGGCCAGGGCCAGAUCCUGCAGCGCUUCCCAGAGAAGGACUGGGAAGACAACCCGUUCCCCCAGGGCAUCGAGCUGUUUUGCCAGCCCAGUGGGUGGCAGCUGUGUCCUGAGAGGAACCCACCAACCUUCUUUGUUGCUGUCCUCACCGACAUCAACUCUGAGCGGCACUACUGCGCCUGCCUGACCUUCUGGGAGCCAGCGGAGCCCACACAGGAAGUGGUGUGCACAGAGGACACCACCGAGAGGGAGGAGGAGGCGGACGAGGGUGGCCCGGUGCAACUCUCCCCUGUGACGCCUGGCCCACCUGGCCAGCUGUUCGCACCAAAGACACUGGUGCUGGUAUCUCGACUGGACCACGCGGAGGUGUUCAGGAACAGCCUGGGUCUCAUUUACACCAUCCACGUGGAGGGCCUGAACGUGGGCCUGGAGAACGUGGUCGGGAACCUGCUCACAUGCAUCAUCCCCCUGGCUGGGGGCUCGCAGAGAACCAUCUCUUUGGGGGCUGGUGACCGGCAGGUUAUCCAGACCCCGCUCGCCGACUCGCUGCCCAUCAGCCGCUGCAGCGUGGCCCUGCUCUUCCGCCAGCUGGGCAUCACCAACGUGCUGUCUUUGUUCUGCGCCGCACUCACCGAGCACAAGGUGCUCUUCCUGUCCCGGAGCUACCAGCGCCUCUCGGACGCCUGCCGGGGGCUCCUGGCGCUGCUGUUCCCCCUCAGAUACAGCUUCACCUACGUGCCCAUCCUGCCGGCACAGCUCUUGGAGGUGCUCAGCACACCCACCCCCUUCAUCAUCGGGGUCAACGCGACCUUCCAGGCAGAGACCCAAGAGCUGCUGGAUGUGAUCGUCGCUGAUCUCGAUGGAGGGACGGUGACUGUCCCCGAGUGUGUGCACAUUCCACCCCUGCCGGAGCCCCUGCAGAGCCAGACACACAGUGUGCUGAGCAUGGUCCUGGACCCGGAGCUGGAGCUGGCAGACCUCGCCUUCCCACCGCCCUCAGCCAACGCUUCUUCCCUGAAGAUGCAGGACAAGGAACUGCGUGCCGUCUUUCUACGGCUCUUUGCUCAGCUCCUGCAGGGCUAUCGUUGGUGUCUGCACAUGGUCCGCAUCCACCCGGAGCCUGUCAUCCGCUUUCAUAAGGCAGCCUUCCUGGGCCAGCGAGGGCUGGUGGAGGAUGACUUCCUGAUGAAGGUGCUGGAGGGCAUGGCCUUUGCAGGCUUCGUGUCGGAGCGUGGGGUCCCUUACCGUCCUACGGACCUGUUUGAUGAGCUGGUGGCUCAUGAGGUGGCACGGAUGCGGGCGGAUGAGAACCACCCCCAGCGCGUCCUGCGUCACGUCAAAGAACUGGCGGAGCAGCUUUACAAGAAUGAGAACCCAUAUCCCGCCGUGGCUAUGCACAAGGUACAGAAGCCGGGGGAGGCCAGCCACCUGCGGCGGGCACCCCGCCCCUUCCCCCGGCUGGAUGAAGGCGUGGUGCAGUGGAUCGUGGACCAGGCCACGGCCAAGAUGCAGGGCGCACCCCCGGCCGUGAAGGCUGAAAGGAGGACCACUGUGCCCUCGGGGCCUCCCAUGACCGCCAUACUGGAGCGGAGCAGCGGGCUCCACGGCAACAGCGCACGGCGGCUGGAGGUGGUUCGAAACUGCAUCUCCUACGUGUUCGAGGGGAAGAUGCUGGAGGCCAAGAAGGUGAGGACGGCUGGGGGCGCGGAGCCCCGGCGGAGAGCGCUGAGCCUGGGUCAGUCCACCUGCUGGCAGCUGGCAGGGGCUGGGCGGGCAGAAGGGGAGGAGGGGCAGGGGGACACCGGGUCUCAGGCUCCUUCCUUAGUGCAGCUGGACAGAGCCUGCCGAGGCGGCUCGCAAGACGGACCUUUCAUCUCUUAG